CACAAAUUGACAAUCAAUUGUGGGAAAUUUAUGUAAAAUGUCCUACACAGGAUUUCCAUAUAUGAAAUUGCUUCUCCAUCUUUCUAUCCUCUAACUUCUGAUUAAAGUCCUAAAUAAUAAUACUUUCCUUUUUUCAUCAACUUGCCAAUCAGUGGUCAAUAUAGCUUUUUGAUUAGCAAUUAUAGCUCAUACAAGUGCUUCUCUAUAAAUAAAAAGAAUUGGAGGGUGGCUGAUGUAGAAAUGACUCCCUUUCUCUGUUCCCUCUCUUCUGCCUAACACCGCUGAUUUGUAGGUCAUGUGUGAGUUUUAGAAACAAGCCGAGAGAGUGAGCGAGAAAAAGACUUUUACCCUCUAGUGGUGAGCCUGGGGAAAUGACUGUCAAAUGCAUUUAGGAAAAAUACAUAAAUGUCCAAUUAUCCCUGUUCAGUUGUGCAUGGAGCCAGUGACCCAGUUGGAAAUCAGUUUUAGAUUUCCAAAUUCCAUAUUUGAUUCACCAGCAAUCCGUAUGCAGUUACUGAAGAAUGAGAGGCUUAUGCUGUACAUGCAUGUCAAAGUUCUAUUUUUCAGAAGCAACAACCUCCCACUCAGAUGUCAUUCUUCCACAACUCCUUCAGAAUAAAAGUGGUGGAAUGAAUCAGAUUAAGCUGCAAAAAAUGCACUACAUUUUAGUAUAACAUGUACAUUCCUAUUAGCAGUAAUACAUUAGAUAUCUCUAAAGGAGUUUUAACAUGCUUUAAAAAUGUUCCCCAACCAUGAAUUUCCAAUAUUAAGGACCUCGCUGUGCAGUUAGUUACUCGUGCCAUAAAUUAUGAAACAUAAAAAUGUUUAAUAAUCUGGCAUACGGUCUUGGUAACUGUGUGAAAAGAUACAUUAUUUAAAUUUGAGGAUUAAUAAUGAAUCAUUUUGCAAAUUGACAUGAUGCUUGGUAAACCACCAUGUGUAUGUCAAAGGUCAACUGGUGAGACACAUUACCAUCCACGUAAUUAGGCACAGAAGCCACUAUGUUUUCUAAAAUAAAUCUGUAAAUUAUCACACUGCAAACAGGGUAAAUAUUCACAGGCCAAAAGUCAAAGAAUAAGAUUUAGAGGUACAAUUGUACAAUAUUCACAAGUUAGUGAAAGCAAAUAUUUUUAGCCUCUUUGAAAUAAAGCCUGACUAAACCAUUAUUUUCAGUUAUUAAGACCAAAAGCCAAUAAUAAAGGGUUCUCUGCAGGAGUUUUAAGUGUGCGGAUAACUAUUCUACCCGUUAUUUACUGUAAAAUGUCUACAAUAUUGCUAAAUUAGAAUUGUAACAGCUGUUGCAUUGGCUAUUUUGCCACCUAAUGACAGUCUUUAGGGUGGAGUCUAAGCACAGUAAACAUGCACACAAUAUGGACACCAGAGGGGAAAACUAUCUGUUCCAAAUUUAGGUUUUCGUUUCCAAUGCUAAUUAACAUAAAUGAAUAUAUUGCAGUGUUCGCCCUGACAGCCAAGCAUCAAUAACAUCACUCAACAACUGUGCCCAGGGUUUAUUUUAUUCCACAGAUUGACAGAAACACAUGCAAGCACACCAACACAAUCACACUUUCCCACAAUGACAUAGGUUUUAAAAAACUGUCAACAGGCUUAGUAUUUCACAAUUUUGCCUGUCCAUAUUCCAGAAAAAUUAGCUGUGAUAUUGUAUUUGGGAAUCCCACAUUGUCCCUGAGCCCAAAAAAAAACACUCCGCCUCUCCGCUAAAAAAAUAUAAUAAACAGGGAAAUCUCUCAGCUUGUGAGAAAGCGUAUGGGUGUGAAAACAAAAAAAGUGUAAGGAGUGAUACAAAUAGGAGAGAUAAUAGGGAGUGGAGGGAGACAAUAAUAGGGGAGUGAUGGAGGAAAUAGGUGUUAUUCAAAAUUAAGAUGAUACAUGGGAUAGUUUUCCAUUGCACCUUACUGGCUCUCUUGAGGGGGGAGAGACAUCACAUUUCAGAGGCUCAUAUGCAACACAGACACACACACACACACACACACAUAGACAAAGAAACGCUCCUAUGAACGCUUCAUUAGGCCCAAGAGGGACUGAUAUGAAGGUUUUCUCUCGAGGUGAAGGGAAUGGAAAUAGAGAUCAGUCUUGAGCUGAACAAUGAUCAGGGGAACAUUACUCUACUGCAAAUAACGCCACACAUUAUCGACACCUUAGUAAAUUGUGUGUGCGUGUGUGUGCGUCUGAGUGAGAGAUUUAAUUUCAACAACUGCAAACUCAUUUCAUCGUGGGAGCUUCCCUGUGCGUGCUUUGGUAUUUGUAUUGUAUGAGUGUGUAUGUGUGGGCAGCCCUACAGAUUUAAAAUUCAUAGAAAUCCCCAAACCAUUCUGUACCCAUUUGCUUAUUUAUGCAGUCGAUACAUAAAACAUGACUGACCCGAUCUUUCACUUCCUCCCAUUUCCCACAUUCAAUCUAAAUUCAAACCAAAAAGGUGACAUCCACACAGAUGCAACUAUUAUAUUUACUCAACCAAUGUGAGCGGACAUCCUCCUGUUUUCAACAUGUGUAUUUUGAACUGAUACCUCAGUUGCAUCCAGGUAUCUGUCUCGUUUUAUAUGCUCAUCCUCUUAUUUGUAAUAAUUUCCAAAUAUCUUGUAUGUGCAUUAUGCACUAAAAGGAUUGUAAAGUCAUACUUUAGUCCCAGCGGUUUUCAUGGCUUUAACUGGCCUUUCAGUUCCAAUUUAGGGAAAUCUGAAUGCCACAGCACACGUUGAUAUUUUGUGAUAUCUAACCCGAGGCAGUUCCAUCGUGUUCCAUCGUGACAAGAAGCCAGUGCACAAAGCAGCAGGACAGAAAUUACUCACCCGGUUUAGUGUGGAGGAACUUGACUUGGUCUGCACACUCAUGACCUCAACCCAGACCCAGACGCACUGAGAUAAACCAGGGGAAUUGUGUUCAUAUACUUUUGUCAACAUAGAGAACAGUGUUAUAAGAGCAAAAAUGGAAAUAUUAGGAAGAAACUUUCUCGGAUUUACAUUUUAAAAAAGGGCCACCACUGGCACGUCAUUGGGCCUGUGGUCAUCACCUGGGGAUCGCCCCGCCCCCCUCCCUUGCGUGUCUGCGUUGCAGGUGGCCGCCCUCUCACUACCUGGACACACUGAGUUAAAAGGAUUUGUGAAAAUCAUGGAAUACCAAGAGGCAUUUAAGUAUGGUGCAACCCCGGGUGCUGCUGGAAUAAGGAAAGCUUUCCCUGCUGAGCUCCUUCUUUCCGACGACGAAGAGGAGGAAACUGCUUCAAUCCCACCACUCGAAGAUGCACCUGGAGACAGCCUAUUGGAAGAUGAGGAUGACUGCUCUGAUGACGACCACAAUGCCCAGUCUCUCCAUGCUCGGAGAUCUAACUGGCACAAGAGUCUCAUGGCAGCAAUAAGUAGUGAGAAGUUUGACAGCCUCCUGAAGAUGUUUCCUGAUUUCUACGGCUGCAAGAGCCACAUGGCAGCUUUUGUCUUGUUGAGAGAACUGCUGGAUACAGCAGCUGGUCCCUACCAGCAUUACAAGGUGGUGGCUCUGGGAACGGGCCGUUCAUGCUGCAGUGAGUGGCUUCGCUACAAUGGAACCAUGGUCCAUGACUGCCACGCAAUCAUCAUCGCCAGACGGGCUCUCAAAAGGUUUCUGUACAAACAGCUUCUGCUGUUCUUUGAUGCGGAUCCAAAGGCCAAGGAGAUGUGUGUUUUUGAGAGAAGUGCAGACGGCCCCCAGCUUCAGCUCAAACCCAAGACCAGUCUGCAUCUCUACACCAAUCAGUGUCCUGCAGGAGCAGCUAACAGCUUCUACUUUAAGGGCCGUGUGAAUAUUUGGACGACUAUGAAGCUGCAGUAUCACUCCCAGGGCCUGCUGGUCCCUGUGCCCAACCUUGACCCGAGUAUGUGGGGGGCCAAAGUCUGCUGCAUGUCCGGUAGUGACAAACUCUGCCGCUGGACCGUCACCGGGUUGCAGGGUGCACUGCUGAGCCACUUCAUCCAGCCCCUCUACAUCAGCAGCAUGGUGCUAGCCGGUCAGAAGCUUUUAAAUGAGGACGUGUCAGAAAUCACCAACAUGCGACUGGGUGAUUGCUGGGAAGACGUUCUGCCGCCAUCCUACAAAAAACACAACAUCUUCUGUCUCUAUGGCGACUACGUGGGGCCCAGCAGCAGCACCUCCAAGCAUGACAACCUCAGCAUCAACUGGUGCCUCGGAGACAAGGACGUUGAAGUUCUGGACAGCGGAAAAGGCUUCAUCAUCGGCGGAUCUCCAUAUGUGAGCGGGACCGGCUUCUCCAGCAGACUUUGCAAGAGAGCCCUCUACAGUUAUUUCCUCCGAGUUGCAGAGCUGAGUGAGCAGAGCUAUCUGCUGGAUCUCCCCACCUACCGCAGCGUCAAGGCGGAAGCCGCCGUCUACCAGAAAGUCAAAGAUCUGGUCAAGCAACGGUUUCUGAGCAAUCGUGCAGGUCCUUGGAUUUCAAAAGAGCUGGUGGACUGCUUUGGCUCUUGAAUGUGCCCUCGGUAACAUUGCACGAAGACGUUUUAGUUCCUCUGGAUGUUUUGUUUACUGCUGUUUGUGCCAAACUUCAUUUAGCAGCUGUUCACAGUAAGUUUAGUUUUCUGUAUAAUGUUGCUCUUUUCAGUUUGUGCAGGUGCCCCUACCGUCCUGCACCACCAAGAAGUUGUCAGUUUGAGUUGGUUGUUGGCUAAAAGAAACAUGGUGUUUAAGCAUAGAUAACUUUUCUUUCUUGAUGUCAAGUAAAAUUGGGUUGCAAUAUGAUUCAGGAUGACAUUUGUAUCCAAGUAGUUUGUGUUCUUGUGCCACCCAAUAAAUUCAACCGUCCAGGCACUUGUCCAGGGUUUACAUAAAUAGUAUCUCAUUAUAACGGGAUCAGAUUAAACUCUGGCAAACUGGGGAAUGUUCCUGGUGUAAAAUGUUAUAAUAUUUUACUUUAUUAGUUGCCCAUUUGACAGCACACAUUGUUUUAUCAAUAUCACAAGCAGUUUUUUUUGUUUUAACUAAUCAUUAUGAAGUAGAUGUCGAUUGCACAGUGAUGGUUAUUGAAUAGUAACACCUUCAAUUUAAGAUUGGGUCACUGCUUCACUUUGGACUUCUGUUUGCUAAAGAAGAUCUGGCAAAAUGAAGGCUUGAUUUACAGCCCACGGUAGUUGUCCGAUUGUGCCAUUAUUGUUAUUGUAAAGACAAAGAAGAGCACAUAGAGUGGGAGGCUCUGUAGACACUUAUACUUACACAAUAUAUAGAAUAUUAGUUCAACUGGAACUUACACGCCGCACAAACCUCGGACUUCAAAUACUCUGCUAGUUGAUAAAUAAAAAUGGAAACGUAAUUUUGUGAA